UCGCCAUGGAUAGGUGGAUUGUCCACCUGCUGGAGCUCUGAUCGAACCACAGGAACACCUCUGUGUCCAAUGACAUACUUCCUGCAGAAUUUUCUUCCUUUUUCGGUGGAGAUGUUGUUCAUUCUCUGUUAUCUUAGAUUUUUGUGAGCCAAUGGGAAAGGGGGGCUCACUUUCCGUAGCCCUAUCCCUUGCCUUUUGGUCCGCUGUCACCGUCUGCUCUAGUGGUUCCUAUCCUUGGAUCUGCUACCUAUCGGGUCAUGCUAGCCUCGUUGUGUUCCUCCUGCACUGCCAACAUCCGACAUACCGUCCCGCUGCCGGCUUCCCCCCCGAUAAUUCCGUGCUCGGCCCAAGCCCCCCGAGGAAGAGUUCGACUGAGUUCUUGCCCCAGUUGUCCCACACGUUCUCCCCUAUUCCUGCUCCCUCCUUGGUUCGCUGACCCCGGUGGAUUUGAUGUCAUGUGGACAUUCUUUUCACUCCGAAAGGCGUAUAAUUAUAAUGGAGUUCCCCGCCCCUCCCCGGCACCGUUGUCAGAACUGAAACGUUGCAGCGGUUUCACCAUUCUUCUGUCCUCCCCAGUCUCCCCUUGCAUAGACCGGCUGCAAGCAGUGUCGCCUCGCAACGAUGCGCCACGUCUCCGCACUGUUUCUGGCCAGUCUGGCCGCGAUUGCUUCGGCCUCCACCACGUGUAGUGCCGACAGCAAGUGCCCUGAGAGCGCGCCGUGCUGCUACAGUGAGUUGCCAACACCAAAACUACCUCUUCGACUGAUGAAUUGCGCUAACUAUCCCAUUCAGGUGGAGUAUGUGGUGUAGGAAGCUCGUGUCUGGGCUCCUGCGACCCCUUGAUGUCAUACUCUCUUGACUCAUGCACG